UGACAGGUGCUGCGGGAGCUGCUCUUGGCAUCGAAAGAGGAAGGACGUCGGCUCCUGGGCGCCUCUGCGGGGAGGCCGGCAGCGGCAGCGGGCACCCGCGGUAGCCGUCUCCCGCCUCGCCCCGGUCGGCCGCUGAGGCGCGCGCAAUGGGCUCUCCUCAGGUAUCGCCGCUGGCGCACAUCUUCAAGGGGAGCUUUGUGCACUCCAGCCGCUCUUCGCCGAUGGACAUUCUGCAAGGCCACCUGUUGGGGGUUGAGGAGAGCGGGAAGAUUGCUUUUUUGGAACCAGCUGAAGAACAGGAGAAAUUGGCAAAGAAAUGGGGGUUCAAAGCAUCUGAAAUACGGGAGCUCAGUAACAAUGAGUUCUUCAUGCCAGGUUUGGUGGAUACACACAUCCAUGCUCCGCAGUACUCUUUUUUAGGAACACGAGUGGAUCUGCCUCUUUUGCAGUGGUUGAAGAAUUACACUUAUCCAACAGAAUCUAAAUACAAAGACAGUGAUUUUGCCGAAGAGGUGUACACUAGAGCUGUGAGGCGAACACUCAAGAAUGGCACAACUACAGCCUGCUACUUUGCAACAAUUCACACAGAUGCCUCUUUGCUUCUUGCUGAUAUUAUAGAUAAAUUUGGACAACGGGCAUUUGUGGGUAAAGUUUGUAUGGAUAUUAAUGAGAGUUUUCCUGAUUAUAAAGAGACCACCUCUGAAUCUAUCAAGGAGACUGAAAGGUUUGUUAGAGGAAUCCUCGAGAAGAAAUAUCCAAGAGUGCAUCCCGUAGUAACACCUCGUUUUGGACCAUCCUGCACAGAGGAGAUGCUUAGUAACCUUGGGGACCUGGCAGAGGCUCAUGACAUUCAUGUGCAGAGUCACGUAAGUGAGACAGAGGAAGAAAUCAAGCUUGUAGAAAAAAUGUUUCCUGCUUAUCAAAAUUAUACAGAAUUAUAUGAUAAAAAUAAACUUCUUACAAACAAGACGAUAUUGGCUCAUGGCUGCUAUCUUUCGGAUGAAGAACUGAAACUGUUUAAUCUUAGAGGAGCUGCCAUUGCACAUUGCCCCAAUUCAAACAUAGCAUUGUGUAGUGGUUUUUUGAAUGUAAAAAAGGUUCUGAAGUACAAUGUGAAGCUUGGACUUGGCACAGAUGUUGCUGGUGGUUAUUCAGCUUCUAUGUUUGAUGCUAUCAGAAAGGCAGUUAUUGUAUCAAAUACCUUGAAAAUUAAAGAGAAUGAAGAAGGCUCAACACUUAAGGAAAUGUUUAGACUAGCAACUCUUGGAGGAAGCCAAGCCCUAGGUCUAGAUGCUGUCAUUGGAAACUUUGAGGCUGGCAAAGAAUUUGAUGCACUGCUUAUCAACACCAAAGCCUCAGAUAGUCCUUUUGACUUGUUUGCUUCUGAUACAUUUGAGGAUAUUAUCCAGAAAUUCCUGUAUCUGGGUGAUGACCGGAAUAUUGAAGAAGUCUAUGUGGCUGGCAAACUGGUGGUCCCAUUUUCAAGUUCAGUAUAAGAUUAGAUUUUCUUUCUGCAUCAUGCUUUGGUGGUAAUUCUGUAGCUUGGAAGGAGUGAGUGAAAAUGCGGUGCCUUGUUGUUAUGCUGUGCUCCCUUUGUUUAGUAUGUUUCUGAUUUGCACAAAAGAUUGUGAAUUUCAUCAGAUACAAAAUAAGUAUGGUGCCAAAAAUGUAUCCCACUUAUAUGAUGAGGGCCUUCCAUCUAUGGACCCCCAACCCACUGACAUAUUUUUAUAAGAGCGGUAAUACUGAAUAUGUAUGUUCCACCAAAUUGAUGGGACUCCCCUCAUAAACAGAAGCUUGCGAGCACCAGCUGAGAUCCAAGAGUACAUCUGAGUAGAAAGCACUCUGCAUGUCUAUGGAAUGGGGGGAGAGGGAUUGCAUUGACUUGUGCAUGCUACUCCAAUCCUCUGGAAUGGCUUUUCAGAGGGCGCACAGGAAAGAGGAUCAGAACAGCUCUUUGAACCCUGACACUGUUUAAGAAUACUGGUUGAGCACAGCAAAAUACAACAGUAAAACUAGCAAAAUGUAAAGCCAUUUUUUCCCAUCCUUGCUGACAACAGAAAAUACUCAGGAAUUAUUCACAGGGAAGAUUAAGAAAGGGCCAGGGAAAACGGAGCGCAGAUCCAGAUUUGUCCGAGUUCUGUACAAUCCUAUUUUGUAACCAUCUCCUGCAUUUUGGUAACAUCCUAUUUCCUUCUUCCCUUGAAAAGCACUUUCACUUGAGGAUGAAAGACCAGCAGUAAGAUCACAAUCUGCUUGUCUACUUUCUUAAAGCACUACUAAAUAUUUGUGUAUUUUUAGCAUUGUCAUGUAUCUCAUUUGGACAAACAAUUGCAGAAGAACAUUCACAUACACUUGAAUCCCAGGUCCCAUGCUGCUUCAGAUCUAAAUACUUGCCUUGUUGCUCAUUUCUAAGCCGUCUGUAUUGCAUGUUCAUAUGAAUAACAUGUUAAGGGACAAACGAAAUAUUACGUGCAUUUGUGUGUAACAUCACACCACUUCUCCAUCUGAAACAGGGUAAAAACACUUCAUAUACUUGGGAUCAGAGAAAUAGCAGGGCGGUGGGGGGAGAUACACAUCCUUUUCUCUUUGCCUUUGUUCAUUUCCCUGUUCUAACUCACCCACUCCAGUUUUGUCUCUCCAUGACAGUGUAAAUGAAUAUUUCCCUUCAAGAGGAGAAGCUGUUAGGAUGGGAGAUGUGGGGCAGGUGGCAGAGACAAAGUGAUGCACCUCCUCAUGGAAAUGCUUCUCCAGCUACUUCUAUGGAAGUGGCUUUCCUGGUUUCAGAAGUGUUUGGGGGUGACUUCACACCACUGUGCAUGUAGUGUGCAUAAUUGCCAAUGUGCAUAAGGCAAUCUGGCCUUAUGAACAAUGCCUUACAAACAAUUGCAUUUUGCACUAAAAUUAUUCAACUUGUACUUGCGAUUCAGUUUAGAGGAGGUCUUCAAACCCUCCAGAGUUCUUUUCCUGUAAGAAGAACAAAUUUCAUAUGAUGUCAAAUGAGUGAAAUAUGGCGCAUAAAACUGAACAAGUGGGGUGGCGCUGUAUUAAUUUUAAUAUUAAAAGUAUAAAUCCCGGUGUAAACACUGCAGAUGUCAUGCUCCUUUUACAGCAGCAGAUGUUGGAAAUUUAUGUAAAAAUGUAAAACAUUUAGAUGUAUACUUUCAUGAUAGGUUUGCAAUGUUUAUCUAUAAGAAGUUUUUUAAAUGGCUGGCACAGGGGAAGCAACAGUAACCAGAUCCCCACACUCUGACCUACACCAGCCUUCCAGUCAAACAGCCACGGUGUGUUCAGCAAUUAGAUUCGCUUUGUAUCUGGCGAAUUGUGAGAGACUCCUGGUGCCAUCUGAGCUAGAGUCAGAAGCAGCGAUAUUCUUCUGGAGUUCUAAAAUUCUUGAUAAAUGAGAGUAGACUAAUGGGAUAUAAAUCAGGAGUGACUGUGCCUCAUUGGAAAGAGAAUACUUCCCCUUUCAAAAUUUGGAGAGAGAAGGAUCCCUUGCUAUUGUUCCUUUUAGUAGCAGCCCUGAUUGUUAAUCUGGAGUGCAGUUGGUUGAGCUAUAAAAGCAGUCUCAAUUGCUGGGGUAUUAUGUUAAGAACAUGCACUGUGAAGGUGACUCCAGCUAAAAUAUCAGUUCAGCCAUGGGACUCACUGGGAAGCCUUAAGCAAAAUAUUGUACGUGAGCAUCAACACCCUACUUUGAUAGAAGUCAGGGUUUGAGGUCUGCUUAGGAAAAGAACCGUAUAAAUAUUAUUACACAAAUAGCACUUUUGGAAGGAUGUGUGCCUUCUUUUUAUCCUUUUCAUAUUACUGUGGGAUACUUUUAGGAUCUGUCAUGCAGUGUUGUCCCUGGGUUUGUUUGACAGGAACAGGUGAUUGAUGCCUUCAUGCCUGUUCAUUGUUAUAUAGGCAAAAUAGAAAUCCUUGCCAAAUAGGUCAGUUGCAAAGGGAAAACAAAAUAAAUAGGCAGAACGAAGUCCUGAUGUCACCUGAAGGAGUUGCAUUGACCAUCAAGGACCUAUUCCUGAACAUUGCAAACAGAUGACAUCUGUUGAGAAACCUCAAGUUCUCCAUCACAUUAAUUUUCAGAAAGUUUGAUACUGGGUGUUUCUUUUUUUUUUUCAUAUGUCCUAUGCCAACAUGCAAUUUAGAUAUGGGGUAGAUUAUGGAAAUCUAGUUGUCUGGGAACAAUUGCUUAAGUUUGUGGACACAAGCACCUUCUUUUUUAUUACAAAUGGAGUUUAAUUAAAUGUUUCAAUCUGUCUUUAUCUUACUGUGGCAGUUGUUAACCUUCUGUGUGAAGAUGUUAAUGAAGCCUGCUGCUGAAUAUAGCCCGUGCUUUAUGCAGUUAUUUGAAUUAUUUCUGUGUGGCAAGUAGAGGUCUCUGCACUUUAAAAUGUUGCCCUGCCUUUAGUGUUCUGUGUUCUGCAGUAUUUGCAAGCAGAUGCUUUCGUGAAGGCAAAGGACUGCACUUUACUUAGAGCAAAUACUUUCCCCCAAUGCAUUGGGUAUGUAAACUUUCUUUAAAAGAGAAAAAGGCAAAAUAAAUAAAUAAAGGGCUUCACCCUGAUGGUUUACACCAAAAAUGUAGGGCUACUGUUUGUAAAAAUUAUCUAAAUACUGAAUAGAAAUAUAGGCAAUUUCAUAUGACAAUUGAACAACAUUAUAUUAGCUGAACUAUAACCACAAUUCAAAUGUUCUCCAAAAUGUGGCACUCACAGAUUUUAGAUACCAUGACUGUUUUUAUGCUAGUAUUUUUACAAUGGUGUUGAUUUUCUUGGAAUAAGAGUGCAGUGUUCUCCUUUUUGUUCUGGGAAGAUCCAGCAGUAUUUCAUUGCUCCAAACUGCAGUAGUUAUUAUGUGGGCUUUUGCAUGAUGAUGUUCUGCAUUCAGCCACCUUCCAUGAUUUUACUCGAUUUGCUGUGGGUUUCCCCAAACCUGCUUUGGUGCAAUCCUUCUAGGCAAUCAAUACUCGAAGGGGCUGGAGGGAAAAUGUGAAGUAAGGGAUGGAUUUCGGCACCUCCAUUUCCUCCCCCCCAUUGCUGGUGGGCUUUUUCUAUUUUUUAAGGAAAUUGUCAGUUACGUAUAUUAUCACUAUACUGUCUUAUUUGCUAUCACUGGAAGCAAGGAGAAGCAAAUGGGGGAAAUGGUAUCUACCGUAGAUACGAGGAGAAAGCAUAGAAAAAUCUCUCUCUGUGUUGGGACAUUAUAUUCUGCAGCUUCAUCCUCAUGUUUGUUGGUGUCCACUAUGCUGGUUAGUAUUAAGCCAGCUUGCCCCGUUUUCACUGUCACCAGAAGAUUUCACAUAGCACCGAAGCCAACAAAAGGGGAAAAAAUAGCCAUUUUGUGUUUGUAUAUGAUUAAUGAAUCAUAUGCACAAGACAGGGAAAGGUAGUGGGGUGUUUAUCUUGUUGACUAAAUUUAGAAUAUGUAAAAUGUGGGGAAGGGAGCACUCAGCCCUUUUUUCCAAUGUGUAACAGAAAACAGUACAGGCAUAAAGUACACACUGAUUCCAUUUUGCAGAAAUGUUAAACUGCUUUUCAAAGAAAUGCCCUUGCUAGGCCUUACCUUCUUUUUUUUAAUCUCAGAUGAGAAACAUAUUUGGGAUAGUGAUUGUUGCUCAGUGUUCUGGCUGCUUUGUUGUCAGUUGUGCCAAAUGAGCACCUUUGUGCAGAUGUAACAAAAUAAAGAUAUUGUGUUUACUUUA